CUGGAGGAUUGCACGCUGCAGGUCUCGCCCUCUGGACACUACCUGGACCUUGACUUAUCUCUGCUGGAGCAGAAGGAUGAUCUGGAAGGUUUCUAUGAGGAAGUCAGGAAGGGGAGACGGCCAACCCUGAUCCUGCGCACGCAACUCUCUGUCCGAGUCCAUGCCAUCAUCGAGAAGCUGUACAACUCGCAGGGGCCGGAGCUGCGGCGAUCUCUCUUCUCCCUCAAGCAGCUCUUUCAGGAGGACAAGGACCUGGUGCCGGAGUUCGUGAACCUGGAUGGGCUGACAUGCCUGAUCAAAGUGGGGGCGGAGGCUGACCAGAACUACCAGAAUUACAUCCUCCGGGCCUUGAGCCAGAUCAUGCUCUUCGUGGAUGGUAUGCAGGGUGUCAUCAACCACAACGAGACCAUCCAGUGGCUCUACACACUGUCAGGAAGCCCAUAUCGCCUGGUGGUGAAGAUGGCACUGAAGCUGCUGCUGGUGUUUGUGGAGUACACAGAGCCCAAUGCCCUGCUUCUCAUCCACGCCGUCAACGCUGUGGACCAAGCGAGAGGCACCUGUCCAUGGUCCAACCUGAUGGCUAUCCUGGAGCAGCGCAGUGGGGCUGACGUGGAGCUGCUGGUGUUUGCCAUGACACUGAUCAACAAGACACUGGCAGCCCUCCCAGACCAGGAUACCUUCUACGAUGUGACAGACUGCCUGGAGCAGCAGGGUAUGGAGCAGGUGGUGCAGCAGUUCCUGGGCAGUAAGGGCACCGACCUUGACUUGAAGCACCAGUUCACACUCUACGAGAGUGCUCUCAAGCUGGAGGAUGGUGUGGAAGAGCCACCCUCAGGGGGACGCAAAGAGCGGAGGAGGACAGACGAGGGCCGGCGUGGAUGGCGAUCCCAGGGUGGCUGCCCGGAGCCGGGCCUUGAUGCCCAGCCUGGGUCCCCUGACACCCCAAAGGAGCUCCCCAGUGAGGACACCUCAGCUGUCCCCAUGCCAAACAGCCCAGCAGUCCCAUGUCCCAGCAGUAUCUUCAGCAGCGCAUCCAUGCGAUGGUUUAGCGAGAGCGGGUACUGUCCUGCCCUGCUCACUGUCCUCAUCCAUCACCUCUCCCCUCUGACCCACAUCUUCACAGGGCGGGAGGAUGCCCCCUCCUUGCGUGGGGACAAGCCUGUUUUGAGGAGGUUUGAAGCUCGCUUCUUGGAGAACCUGGCUGCAGCCCAGAAGGAGAAGAUCUCUUCCAUGACCAAGGGUCUUCUCGAUGCCCUCAGCGAUGCUGUGCUGGAGCAUCCCACCACUUUCACUUGGGACAGGGACAGCAGUGCCUCUGAACCCGGUAUGGAGCCACCCAACACAUGGUCUUGCCUGGCUCAGCAGGACACCACCGACUCCUGCAGCACCAUCAACUCCUGCAGCACCAUCUCCUCCGACACCAAGUUCAUGCUGAACAUGCUCUACACCAAAGGGUCCUCAGAGCCAGGGAGGGAGAAGAUCUUCCCUGAGGUCCCCUCACCUGCCCUGGUCCAGGGUGAGGUGGUGAUAGAUGCUGAUGGAGGUGGCAGCCAGGAGCAGGAGGGCGCCUGGCCCUGUAGCAGGGCUCCAGACAGACCUGUGGCCAGUGCUCACGCCAAGCUGGUGUGUGCCAUGUCCAGCAUGGGUACCGAGAUGCACACAAAGAAGCUGGAGAACACUGGGAUGAUGCCCAUCAAGAAAGACGUGGAGCUGACAUGGGAGCGCCUGGAGGCCAGCCCUGCACAGCUGAAGAUCAAGGACCUGGACUUUACUGAUCUGGGGGAAGAAGAAGACUUUGACAUCUUGGACACAGGGCCGAUGACCAAUGUUUCCUUCCUCCCUCCCAGCAUUGAAGCAACAAAAGCUGGAGCAUUAAUGGCACCACCUCCACCGCCUGCUGUCCCUGGCUGCCCACCACCUCCACCUCCACCUCCUGCAGUCCCUGGCUACCCACCCCUGCCAGGGCUACCAGGCCCUUCAGUAAUGGAUGGUCCCUCUGAUGCCAAGAAGAAGAGGACAGUGAAGCUCUUCUGGAAGGAGCUGAAGCAGCUCGAUGGCACUGUGGGGACAGGCAGGUUUGGCCAGGCGACACUGUGGGCAUCUCUGCAGAGUGUCGAGGUCAAUACUGCCAAACUGGAGCAUCUCUUUGAGUCACGGUCAAAGGAAGUGCCAACUUCAAAGAAGGCCAUCGAUGGGAAGAAGGUGGUGGUGGUGCUGGAUCCCAAAAGGAGCAAUGCUAUCAACAUUGGCCUCACGGUACUGCCGCCUGUGCACAUCAUCAAGACAGCUGUGCUCAACUUUGAUGAGUUUGCGGUCAAUAAGGAAGGGAUUGAGAAAAUCCUGACCAUGGUCCCAACUGAGGAGGAAAAGCAGAAGAUCCAGGAGGCCCAGUUGGCUAACCCUGAUGUGCCCCUGGGCUCUGCAGAGCAGUUUCUGCUCUCCCUAUCUUCCAUCAGCGACCUCACGGCCAGGCUCCAGCUCUGGGCCUUCAAGCUGGACUACGAGACCCUGGAGCAGGAGAUCGCAGAGCCACUCUUUGAUCUGAAGGUGGGCAUGGAGCAGCUGGCCAAAAACCACACAUUCAAGUGCAUCCUGGCCACUCUGCUGGCCAUGGGCAACUUCUUGAAUGGCUCCCAGAGCAGGGGCUUUGAGCUGGGCUACCUAGAGAAAGUCUCGGAAGUGAAGGACACGGUGCACCGGCAGUCUCUGCUCCACCAUCUCUGCCACAUGGUGGUAGAGAAGUUCCCAGAAACAACUGACCUCUAUUCAGAGAUUGCCUCCAUCACCCGCUCUGCCAAGGUUGACUUUGAUGAGCUCGCUAACAGCCUGGUGCAACUGGAGCGGAGGUGCAGGGCCUCCUGGGACAACCUGAAGGUGAUUGCUAAGCAUGAAACCAAGCCAGUGCUGAAAACCAAGCUGACAGACUUCCUCAAGGACAGCACCCAGCGCAUUGUUGUCUUGAAGGUGGUGCACAGGCGCGUCCUUAACAGGUUUCACUCCUUCCUGCUAUACCUGGGGUACCCAGUGAGCGCAGCGCGGGAUGUGAAGGUGACUCCUAUCUGCAAGCUGCUGCGGGAGUUCGCCCUGGAAUACCGCACGUGUCGGGAGCGUGUCCUGCAGCAGCAGAAGAAACGGGCCGCCCACCGCGAGCGGAACAAGACCCGGGGACGGCUUAUCACCGAGACAGAGAAGUUCUCCAGCAUUGCUGAGGCUGCUUCCCCACCUGCCGUGGUGUCCAGCAGCCCCAAGGAGCAGAUGGAAGCAGGUCACGAGAGCAUGAAGAGCCUGCUGGCCUCCCCCACAGACACCCCUGCCCGCCGCAGCCGCGCCAGCCAGGGGACAGGGCACACCAGCCCAGCCCAGGGCUCUUCAGCCCAGGAGGAUGUUCCCAGCUCCCCAGACGAUGCUUCAGAUGAAAUCAUGGACCGGCUGGUGAAGUCAGUCACUCACAACGCCAAUCCCCGUCCCUGUGCCAACAAGGAGCGCAGGAGGUCCCGCGGCAAUAGGAAGUCCUUGAGACGGACACUGAAGAGUGGGCUCAGCGAUGACCUGGUGCAGGCGCUGGGCCUGGGGCAGGCACCUGGCAUGGAUGUUUGA